UGACUGUCAUUUUUGUGAAAAGCAGGAAGGAGAAAGACAGACAAUGACGACUCAGUUCAAAUGGAUUAAAUUCUUUUCAUCAGUUUUACUAAUGCUUCAAGUAACAGCAGCAGCAGUUGAGUUUAUUAUCAGGGAUGAAGGUGAGGUCACUUUGUCAUGUGAAAAUGUGACAGAUGAUCAAGAUAAAUGUGACAGUACUCACUGGCUCUUCAGUAAAUCAAACACAGCAACAAUAACACUGUUUGAACACGGGAAGAUUCACCAAGAGGCUGAAAAUAAAUUAGACAGACUGAGUGUUACAGCAAAAUGUUCUCUGGUUAUAAAGAAGCUCACAGCUGAGGAUGUUGGUCAGUACACCUGCAGAAGGUUCAACAAAUCAGGACAAAAAGAAGGUUCAGACUCUGUAGCUGAGCUGUCUGUUGUUAACCUAACUGAACAUAAGGAUGAUGACACAGUGACAUUAAACUGCUCUGUGUCCACAUAUCAAGAAUGCAAAUACUACACUGUGAAGUGGCUCUAUGGUAACAAAGACCUGAGGAUGUCACAGUCUGCCUGCUCAGCCAGUGUGAUCUUUACAAGAUUUGAUCACAUUUACACAUCCAAGAGUUCUGAGAUGUUGAAGUGCCAAGUGACACAUGGUGGAGAGGUGCAGGAAUUUAUCUUCAGGAUUCAAUCUGUUGACCAGGAAAUAGGCUGGUGCUGGUGGAGGUUCAUCAUUGUGGCUGUGGGUGUAGCAACACUCAUAACAGCUGCUGUGGUCAUCCACAUUUGGACAAGAGCGGCAGGGAAUAAAAGUUCAGCCGUAUGAAAAUGAGGUGAGUUUUUGUUGCAUUGAGCUAAACAAACUCAGAAUGUGUUUUCUGUCUUUUUAUCUCUGAAAAAUGUUUACAGCGCUAAUAUUUGUAAAUCACAUUUUCAGAGGAAAACCAAAAUGCAUCUGCAUGUUUAAAUUUCCAUAUAGGAAAGAUAAUAUAAAAAAAGAGCAAACUGAAGCUUCAGGUUCAGUUUUCAUGUUAAAUUCUUCUAUUUAUUCAAUGCUCAUGUUCAUUAUAGUUUAAAUAAAUCACAUUUUGUACCUAAUGGUGUUAAUGUAAUGUCAUGGAUGUCUUACAGUUUAUCACUUUUAGUUUGUGCUACAUUGAUGCCCAAAGAUCACAAAAGCUAUAUCAUGUUGAAGUCUAAUGUCCAGAGAGUGAAUGAGUUUGUCAUCAUGCUGUAUGUCACAGGUAUGUAAUGAUGAAAAUUUUGACAGUGAAAUAUGGAAGUAGAAGAUCUGAUGGACACUGACUGAUCCUUCUGCGUCUGUCAGACUUCAGUAAUGUGAUGGAAAAUGUUAAGAUUCUGUGCUUCUCUUUGUUAUACGGGCCUAACUGAAAUGAACGAUGCAUCUCAGUGUGUUUGUCUCCAUAUUAUUUUGUAAUACAAGACAUACUCAGCUGCAUGUAAUGUUCUGAUUGUAUUCUGUGACUGUGGCAGGUUGAUAAGGUGUUUCUAUAAAUGAUUCGAUUCUUGUUUUUAUUCUUAAUCUAAAGAAAUACAUACUGCUGCUGUACUCUGUGUUGUUGUUUGUCUUUGCAACGGCAAAUAAAAAAACCUCAGAAAAUCUGUUUGUGAAGACUGAUUUAUUUCAAAUUAACAGAACAAACUUGUGUCAGUGAUUUCUGGGUUUGACUGGGGUCGACAAAGCAGCGACCAAUCAUUCUGGAAGGCAGCCUUUCCAGCCGCACAAGAUGGGAUUUCGAGAUUACGUGCACCAGACUGAAGUAACUGGGCAUUUCUAACCUUGGGAAAA